AUGGACUCCCCUGCCGCGAGCGCUCCGGCUCUCCCAGGCAAUCGCCUGAUCGCCUAUAUUCAAUCCUUAGCCAAAGCCAAAAAGGGAUUGCCCUAUGGACUACCCGUUUGCGUGGCUCCAGCUCACACCGUCACUAGCACGGACGCUCUUCUUCGCCUAGCCUCGCUCGUCGGCCCAUAUAUCACCAUUUUGCAGGUUCAGGCAGACAUCAUCGAUGACUGGUCCGAGGACACCAUCCGCCAGUUGACUUUGCUCGCCAAACGAUAUGCGUUCUUGAUCUGGGAAGGCGGUCGAAUCUUGAACGCAACUAUUGGUGUCGUUGGCCGACAAGAGGCGGAGUCGAGAGAAGUGAGAAAUACCUUAGUUGACCUGACCCGCAAGAAGUACACCAAGGGCCUGGUGAAGCCGGCCUCGUGGGCGAAUCUCUCAACUGCUUGGGCCUCUGGGGUAGCGGUCAAUAACCAAGCAGCGGACAUUUUGAUUCCGACAUUGAAGGCUGCUGCCAGGGAGGCCGUUGCAGAUGCCGUCCAGACUAUUAGGACGGAGAUCACAGCGGACACCAAUUCCAACCGCCCAUUCGGUGGGUACGACUCCUUCGGGGCUCAGACGAACGGCGAUUCAAACCAUCAACGUGUGCCAUCACACUAUGCGAUAGAAGAAGGCGACAACAACAAUCUGGCGCUUCCUCCCAGGAAAGCCUCCACCAUCUCACUCACUCAAACGAUAUCCCAGCACACCGAAGACUCGACUGAUGCGCUGAAUGAAACCGAGUCAUACGAGCCCGAGGACGUCUGGGACUUCGGAGUAGCACCGCCUCCUGCGAUUGAUACCGACCUCCCUCCACCUCCGCUCCUCGCUCGUGGCCUUCUUCUCUGCCUCCCCUCUGCCACAGACACCCCGUUUACUCCCGAAUACCGCCAGAGCACCGUUGCAGCGGCAUAUGCCAACCAAGAUUUCGUCCUUGGAUUCAUAUGCGGCGAACCAUGGCACCUGGUCUCUCAAAGUGAAGAUGAAAUCCUCGGCUUUGACGCUUUGAUGGAUUCCUUGCCAACAGCCGAGCAAGAUCAGCUGGCUCAUGACCUUGAUGGGAUCGACGACAACCCAUCUCAACCUCUAGCGUUGCUGUCGGUGAUUCCGCAUAAGCUAGUCUCGGCAAACGACCAGCAGCUCGACGAAGCAACACCGACAACAGCCGAAACCCCAGAGCCACCCCCAGACUCAUUAAAUCCCCUCGCCUACAGACUAUACUCACUUGUCCGACAAAGUGUGAGGGCCCGCGAUGCGUACGCUAGCCAGAGGGCAGCAGCUACACCGAAGCAAGAGACGAAGACGAGUCAACGCCGGCCUAAUAUUUUGCAUAUUCCUCUUGUGUCAUUACCUUGA